GGUGGCAUGUUUGGAAUGUGCAUUGCUCCUCCGUGUUAUCAUGGCCGCCACUAGCCAGUCGGGACCGCUCGAGAUUUUCAUUAAAGACGGGUGGCGACGUGUUCUUGCUACACUAGACGAUGAUCUCCUAACGCUUAACCUUGAAUCUCCACCGACAACAAACGGGGACAUACAAACACCGCAGUCCCCCAAGUCUCCCGAUGGAAAUGAGCGAACAGAACCACCAGAUUCGAUAGGGAACCAGAUUCGUACAAUUCGCGUUAUUAAACAAGAAGUUGGCGGUCUAGGAAUUAGCAUCAAAGGAGGCAAGGAAAAUAGGAUGCCUAUAUUGAUAUCGAAGAUUUUUAAGGGUCUAGCAGCUGACCAGACUGAAAGUUUGUAUAUUGGAGACGCGAUUCUUGCUGUAAAUGGCGAAGACUUACGGCACGCUACUCACGAUGAAGCGGUGCGAGCUCUGAAACGAGCCGGAAAAGAAGUGGAUUUAACGGUCCGACAUGUAAAAGAAGUGACUUCUUACUUCCAUAGAAAUGCAGAAAUGGACAACGAACAGUCUACGGAAGGGCAAGGGGACAAUAAACCGGAAUGGGGCGAGGUGAAAAAUAUUCCUUUGAAACUGUGUUUUGUGACGAAGACUGUUUCAUCCAAGGUUGAAGCGAGUCCCGGGAGAACGCUAGAGCUCUAUACUCCCGAUGGAAGAUCUGGAUGUAUAUUAAAAGCAAAAGAUGCGACUUCAUUGCAGGAGUGGUUUGAUGCUAUUCACACGAAUAUAUCAAGAUUGAUAGUCCCAGCAACUGAAGAAGUGAAUGAAAUGCUGAGUUCUAGUUCCGGUUAUCGCGAGAUCAGGACGAUGGGAUGGCUCAGUGAACAGGUUCACCUUGGUGGUGACAGUAGUUGCAUGGAUUGGAAACCUGUGUUUAUGGCGUUGACGGAAAAGGACAUGCUGCUCUAUGAGGCAGCACCUUGGUCAAAAGAGGACUGGAGUGCUCCUUAUCUGAGUCACCCAUUACUAGCUACUAGGCUUGUCCACCCUGGGCGUGGCAGUGGUCAAAUCCAGAAUGUUGAAUUGUCCUUUGGUACAAGAACAGGCUCCAGGAAGGGAGUGGAGGCACAUCUGUUCCGUGUAGAAACUCAGCGAGAACUUGCGCACUGGUCACGCUGUAUCGUCCAGGGUGCACAUGAUGCUGCCCUGCUGAUCAAGGAAAUCAAUUGUGCGGUAACUUGGCAAGGUCAAGAGGCACGUCUAACCAUCCAUUUUGAGAAUGGUUUCUCUCUCACUGAUGCUCGUUCUGGCAGUGACACCAUUAGCAAAUCACAGGUUCUGUGGUACUUCCCGUUUGAGAGACUGAAGAUGUCUGCAGAUGAUGGGCAACGACUUUUGUGGCUAGACUUUGGGGGUGAAGAAGGCGAACAAGAGUUGGACCUUCAUGGCUGUCCCAAGCCGGUUGUGUUUGUUCUUCACACAUUCCUAUCAGCUAAAACAACACGCCUGGGACUCUUUGCCUAAUUAAAUGACAGUUGCCAUGGAGAUUCCUUGGACAAUAAGUAUGCAAAUAGACAUGCAUAGUAUACUUAAUAAAUUUCUAGUGUAUACAGCUAUUUUUUUACCAAAAAGUAUUCUGGAAUGAAACCUCAUUGUUGUCAACUUAUGGCAGAGCCUAGUGGGCUGGACAAGGUCCUUUAAUUACUGCUUUUAAAGGGGUUAUGGAAUUAUAUUUUUAUCGCUGGAUCUGAUUGGAACUAAAUAUAAAAAGGGGCAGUAUGGAAUUUAGCAAUCAUAUAAAGUCUGUUUUAUUAUUAAAAUCAAGUGCAAGUAAUAAAGGACAAGAAAGGAAACGUUUUAGUAGCAAAAGCUUGAAGGUUCUUGGCUUUUCCCCCCUGAAUCCUGGUUAAGAUUCCUUAUCAUUUAAAAAGACACCAGGAGGAACAGAGUUGUAACCAGCAUCUACCACAAUUUAUUGAAACAGGAAUAUCAAUAUAACUAUAAUCUAGAUAAUUACUGUAGUAACUCCCAGCUACCAAACAGUAACAUAUGUAUAGGAAGUGAUUCAAAAUUUAACAAUUAUUAUAUUCAGCAAUGUUUUCCUUUACUAUCAUCAGACAAGGGCAGAUGGAGCUUUUUGCUAAAGGGGGGGGGGGGGUUGGCUCAGUGACAAAUGGGGAGGGGGUAUUUUUCGUUAUAUAUGGCUUUCUGGCAGCCCAAGGGGGGGUUAAACCCCAUAAACACUCCUCACUACUGUCAGAUAUAGAGGUUCUGCUUAAUUUUGUUUAGUUUUUGUUGCAGUGGUAUUCUAGAUCCCCCCUCCCUUAAUUUACCUUAUUUAAAAAUGCUGUCUUUGUUCUGUGGGGACCAAUAACUCUAUUUUCCCAGGGAUUGUUAUAUCUAGGUUUUAAAAUGGACUUGCAAGUAAGCAAAAUAAUGAUGAUAAUACGUUUUAUACAUAGAAUGCAUACAUCAUUUGUUAUUCAAAUUUGAAUACAAAGACAGUCUAGUGUAAUCUUUUCUAGUGUAAUAAUCUUUGUCUUUUUUUUUAUCUCUAAGUUAAUGGUAUCAGCAUUGCUGGCACUGUUUAGAAAGCAUGUGAAGUAAUUGCCGUCAUUUUUUUGUGACUAACCUGACGGAGCAAUGCUUGCGCUGUUUACACAUCCUUCCUCUGCCUUUUAUAAUAGAGUAUGUUUACACUUAGGUAUGUUAAAUUCAGUGUAGACAAGUGAAAGAGAUGCCUCAAUUAGUAAAAGAUCGGUACCCCCCCCCCCCCCCCCCGAUCUCCGCAACGCCCUGGGUUCCCGAGGAUGCCAAAAAGUGAGCAUUUCUAUUUAAAAGUUCAUGAAAUACCAUCCAUUUGCCAUACAGUUUACAUUUUUUUACAGUUAGGAUCUUGCAAUCGUUAUACCGUGUGUAACCUAUGCCCUCCCCCCCUCCCCCUCAAUAAAUCCUAGGUAUGAGCAUGGAAAGUUUCUCAAGAUACCCCUACUCCCCAAAAUUUCACCCCUUCAUGUUGAACGACAUCUCUGUCUGGAGACAGUUAUUUUUCACCCUGCUGUGUAUCGGAACUGAAGACUGUAGCUCUGAAAUUCCAAAUUCUCCUGUGAGGGGGGGGGGGGGGUUACUGCAAUCACGCAGUGUUAAGCAAAUCCCCUCCUUGCUAAAGAUUGGAGGAAAAGAAAUUAAUCAUACCAUUGAUUCCUAAAAAACGCCUUUCUUUCCACAAUUCAACCAGUGAAUUGUUUUAUGUUCAUAUCGAAUAUAUAUAAUUUUAUGUGAAGGCUUAUUGAGGUUGUAAUUCUACUCGUAUAACGAGAACAAAGGAAGAUGAUAAUGUAA